AUGAAUGACCUCGAGCAGGAGCUGUUUGGGUUCACAGACUCGGAUUCUGAUUCAGAACAUGACAUGAACACGCAUCAGCCAGUCGACAGUAUGGAGCUCGACGACGAGAGUGACGCAUUCGACCCCAUCUUCCAAAGCAUCAUGAACAGCCAUGAGGAAGAACAAGAGCAACAAAAACCACUCCACUAUCACUCCCUGCAACAACAAUCUUCCGUCAACCCUAAUACCGAAAUUACAAACGCUCUCAUACCUGCUGUAACUUCUCCAAUCAACAACACCCUACCACGUCCGAACCAUCUUCCGCACAAACAAGUCGAAGGUCUCUGUCUGCACAUCAACGUCCUUUCGGAUAAAGACCAAGCCCGGUUGAUGGCCCAGAUCACCGAAAAGAACUUUUUCAAAGCCGGACAACAGAACCAGGCCAUGUGCUUUGGCAAACGCGACCUUGAAUGGCUCAGUUGGCUCAUUUAUGGCCGGUUAUUUUCCGACUUGGAGGAUGGAGCAGGGGAGGGAAUUAGUGUUUUGUCAGAGCCCUACUGCAGCUCCCACUGGACCACACGGGUGCCUCUUUUUGACCAGAGCAUCAUGAACCUGUACUUUCCUGGCAAUGGGAUAAAACCGCACGUGGAUCUAGCACGAUUCGAAGAUGGGAUUAUCAUCAUCUCGCUCCUUUCAGCCAUCAACAUGGACUUCUACAAGGCCCUCUCCCCCAUGUCUCCCAACGAUCCUCCAACAGGCACCAACUCACCCACACCACCCCACCUUCCUUCAAAAGAACGAAGCCCUGAUUUCACAGUAAGGUUGGAACCAGGAUCGGUCCUGACGAUCCAAGGCAAGGCCCGAUACGAGUGGGAGCAUGGGAUCCAAGAAACGAUGGAGGAUGUUGUGGAUGGCGGUGAUACUAUUAAACGCAAGAUACGAGUUAGUAUUACUUUGAGGAAGAUGCGUGGUUCUGCAUGGGAAGUUGGUGGACCUGGCGGUGGAGGCGAUGGGACUGUGAACGGUAUUGCCGAUAGGUAG